UGCUCAAACGUUGAACCGGUCUUUUGAAGAUUCUGGAUUUGAUCACACCUUCGUGCCGACAAGGGAUAUGAUGGAAGAUACGUUUGAUGACGUAUCAAUGCGAAGUAUUACACCUUUAGAAGGUGGAGUUGAGUCGAGUUUUGGUAGUAUGUUCGACACUAGUAUCGAGUACUGGGAUACAUUACUGCAGAAAGUAAAUCUACAUGAAAAGUUCUACACGUCCAUUGCAGACACUGAGGAAACCCGUAUGGAAGUCACAAUCGAGAACAAAAAUCUUUGUUUGAAUUCGGAAACCGAUCCCAUAGGCGUUGAAACGAUGAAAUCUCUUCGAGAUGUCCCUGCCCAUGACAAUGAUUCGAAUGCAACUGAAAAAGAAAUCGUUGUGGAACAAUUCGUCAACAUCAAUAUCAGUCCAUGUCGCAAGGAGCAUGACGAUGCUCCUUACCUUCAAGAUUUUGGUAAUCUCUUACCAACGCAAUCUCAAGAUCGUCUGAGACCCAACUCAAGCCCCGUUGAAGAUCCCCAAGCUUCCGUAACACCUCCACCAGCUCUACGACUUGACCAAUCCCUUCAACCCUCGAUUAUCCCUCGCUUGAACUCUGGACCCAUCGCUAACCUUCCCGUUCGGCAGAAAGAACUGGUUGCAAAAAUUUUGCAAAUUUUCAAACGGUUGACCCAAAUGGAACUCCAGGAGAAUAACUUGGAAGUGAAGGUUAAGCCAAAACCAACCUGGGACUUGUGCCGCAUGGAAAACGACAUUCUUACUCAAAAAGUCUCCACCAAAAGCCGGCGAGUUGUGUACCAUCACAAAAAUGGUAGACAUCAGUCUUUGAUAAUAUUCCUCAUGUCGGAAAUUUUCAAACUACUAACGCUGCGAACAUCCUGCUCGAAGCGGGAACUCUACUAUCGUGAUCCACAGCUGACCCAUAGCCAAAGAACCGUUGACAAAGGUCUCCAAGACGUCUGCUUCCUGCUCGAAGCAAACCUGUGGGAGUUGAACGUGUUCUCGUCAUCCAAAGGGCUCGUCGCUGGACCGCUAAAGUUCCGGUCUAAGCAUCAGGAAAUGGUCGAUUGCCAUAACAGUCUCGGCACGCUAAUCCCCGCCGAUGUGCUCGGGUUGAUGGAAAUCUCUGUCGAUGCCGAGAUGGUUCUGAUUGUCGAGAAGGAUACCGUAUUUCGAAGACUGCUGGAAGAUCGGAUACUAGACCGAAUGUCGCGAAAGCUACUCCUGGUCACGAGCAAAGGCUAUCCGGACGUUGGGACGCGCCUUCUCCUCCAGAAAAUCUGGACCACCUACCGGAUCCCCAUGUUCGCCCUCGUUGACGCCGAUCCGUUCGGCAUCGAAAUCUACUGCGUUUACAAGUUCGGUUCGCUUGCCCUGUCGCACCAAUCCCAGUACCUGGCGGUUCCAGCCAUCCGCUGGAUCGAGUCCGCCCGUCCCACAUUCCUGCUAGGACUCAAGCCCCUUCCACUCAACGGCAGGGAUCGAGCCCGGAUCGACGAGCUUCUCAAGCGACCCUACAUUGGCAAAGCAGGCUGUGAGCUGGCGCGCGAACUGCGGCUCAUGAGCGAACUGGACGUCAAGGCCGAGAUCGAAAGUCUGGUGGACAUUUCCACGGACUACUUGAUCAACGACUAUCUGCCGGCUCAGCUGAAGCUUGCGUUCAUUGAUGGGUUUCAGGUGACAAAUGGUUCGAAUUACUAGUUCAUUUGACUACGCUCGAAUCAAGCAAAUUUAUACCUUAGCAACAUAU